AUGUCUUCCGAGCAUUCACAGUCAAACUCACAGGAUUACUCCAGUCACCGCAGAAACCCUGAUCUAUCUGAGGACCCAGCCUUGCAGCAAUUUGGUCAUCUAUCCACUCCUAUUGAGUCUGUGCAGCCGCCGGCGUUCCAGCAAAGCGCUUUGUCCAACUCGGCUUCCUCGUGGCCAUUUAUUACUAGCCCAGUGCCGGCCCUAGAAGCCUCUUCUUUACCUUCAUCGGCUUUCCACUUUUCAUCUCUUCCGCAAGGCUCCACUACUCCCCUACACUCUAAUUCCCUUCCAGAAUCAUUUUAUGAUCCUGAUCCUUCUUAUUCUGAACACUCUUAUUCGGAAUCAUCUUACUCCAAACCCUCAUACUCUGAACAGUAUCCUGAACAGACUAUACAUCAAUCUAUUGAACAAAAUAAUUACAAAGAGGAAUUACCUACGGAGCAUCCACGCGGUCUUGGAAUUACACCUUACCCUAUGUCAGUAGCAUCAGACACAUACUUUGCUGGCCCAAUGCAGCCAAACUCUCAUCACUAUGCCUGGCCCAACCGCCCAUUUCAACCAUUGCAGCCUUCAUCAGGGAAUAUGUACCAGCAGUUCCCUCCGCCACAGUCAUAUCCUUCUUCUAGUUUCUCUGCUGCCUACGGUAGCCAUCCUAAUGGCCCGAUGCCCGGCUACCACCCUGAGCCGCAUGCACCACCCUCAUACCUUCCUGGGGCGCCUGGUAGCGCGCGCCAGAGUCAUUCCCGAAGCCCUUCAAUGGCUCGUUCUUUUCCACCUCACACAGCCGCUGCUGUUUCCGAACAGCCUCUCAUGACUUCCUCUCCUCCUUAUAUGAUGACUCAACCCGCUUAUUACCUCCCCGAAGCACCACCAAUCCCUUCCUCUCACCCCUCAUCUAUGGCUUCACAAGCAUCUUCUAUGGUUGCCGAUACCGUCUUCUCUCCACCAGAAUCUAUACCUGGAUCAGAUAACGAACGGCAAGUCCGUGUCGUUAGUUCAAGGCCUCGACCGCAAUGCUGGGACCACGGGUGUAAUGGCCGUGAAUUCUCCACUUUCAGCAACCUUUUACGACACCAACGAGAGAAGUCUGGAGUAGUUGCCAAAGCCGAAUGCCCUGUAUGUGGAGCAGUGUUUACUCGAACAACAGCGCGGAAUAUUCACGUGGCACAAGGCAAAUGCAAAGGCGCGGGCGGGGAACCGUCAGCGGAGUAG